AUGAACAGUCCAGGUAUAAACUGUUCUGUAUCAUUGACUCCUUGUGACGACAUAUUGCAAAUACCACCAUUAAAUACCGAUGUAAUUAAGAGUGUUAAUAUCGUGUCCAUGGAUUCAAAUGAUACUGAUGUGAGUAGUAAAACUACUGAAUUAAAACGAUCUGCAAGACUUUCCAAAAAACGUUCGUUACAAGAUAAUUCUGUCAUUAAAAUCACUGAUCGAUUAGAUAAUUCAAACGAGGCUGGGAAACAAUCCAAGAUUCUGAGAUCAAAUAAAACCAAAUCAGAAAUAUAUGUGACUCCCAAGAAUGGCUAUCAAAAAUGCAAUAAUCGAGAUUCGGUAAUGUCUACAGUAAACGCUUCGAGUGAACCCAGCAAUGUGUCGAAUGUUCAACCUUCUCUAAAUAUUGUUGUAGAUAACCGGAAAAAAAUGCAAGUAAAGAGUUUACCGAAAACCUUUAAAAAUAAAGAUUCUUUUAAACGUCCUAAUGUUACUCGUGUUAAAAACGAGUCAACAGUGUAUAAUGAAAACACUGCAGAGGAGGACGGGUUAGGAUCGAAACACGAAAAAAGCGAUGACUUAGUGAAGUCGACUCGGAAACGUGGUCGUCCGUCGCUGCAGAAAGAACUACAACUAUUUUCACGAGACGGCGCCGACAAAGUCAAUAAGUCUUGUGAAAACGAGGUCGACCGACAGAAAAACGGUAAGGGUUUUCCUGGACCCUUUGAAAAUUUACUCGACAUAUACGAAUCAGAUUCGACGACUCUAAACGAAGCCGAUCGUACACCGACGUCUGAGAGUAACAACUGCGACGAUGGACCGUCAAAGCCUAAAAGGAAACGGAUUGGAAUCGAUAAAUCGUCAACGACCAAUGUCGUCGAAAUCGUCGGUAAUGAUUCCUGUUUGUCGGUGGAUGAUGGUACGGAACCGAUUAAAGUUGUGGCCACGAAGACAUCUGAACACGACGAAGUUUUGCCUGACGCGGACGAACCGCAACCGUACGAAACGUUUGAUCGCCAAGUCACGCUGGUUUCUAAUCGUUUUAACGUCCCGCCCGAUACGCUCCGGAACAUAAUCGAAAAAGAGUCCGUCCCGGUGUUCCGCGAAAAGUACUCGGAUGUGGUUACUAUGUCCAUGGUUACGGUAUCGCCCGUCGUGUCGAUGACGGACAAGGGGAAACGCAAAUGGGGUUGGAACUCGGACGGCGCUGCAAGUGUCCAGUACAAGAUCGAACCAAUCAGGGAGAGCGUGGCCUACGAAAAAACCAACUUGAAGGACACGAUGGAAGAAAUUUCGAAAUCAAUGCCGUCGUGGAGCUUGAGCGUCGUCGCCGAUCCACCGAGAUACGUCAUCUCACACAUGUCCAUCGAAACGUACGGCACUCCAUUCGCAGACAAGGCUGUGGUGCUGGAUAGACACUUUAGAGCUUCCGUUUACAUUGAUCAGCGUUUGGAAUAUAAAUAUUGCAAACGUUAUACAACAGCGCCCGAGAUCGUCAAUCUAAUCAAACAGUUGGAUGCUAUACAGUAG